UGAUAAUCGAAAUUUUGUUAUUUGAUAAGAAUAAGACAGGUCAGUAGAGUUUUGUAGAAUUUUAUAGAUUUAAGAACGAUGUGGCGUAAAAAAGUGACAUGAAACCAAAGUACUUAAUGUAAUUAAUAAAUUCAGUUCCUAAAUGUCAGUAUAAUGAAUAGUAGUAGUACAUUGCCACCAAAUCCGGACGAUGAUUGCCCUCCAGCUUUACCAAUUUUUCCAAAACUCACUCAUACCUUGCCAAACUACCCAAAUAAACAACCAGGUCGUAAACCGAAAGAUCCUGAAGAUGAAAACACCGAACGACCUUUCAUGUGUGAUCUCUGCGGUGCUACUUUCAAAAUAAAAAAAUGUCUUACUAGUCACGAACGUUCUCACACCGACGAGCGUCCUUUUCCUUGCUCAAUCUGCGGUGCAGCUUUCAAGCAUCGAUCCAACUUGACCAAACAUGAACGAAUUCAUAUUAACGAGAAGCCAUUCGUGUGCUCGUUUUGCGGAGGUAAAUUCAGCCUCAAAGAUACUUUGCAGAGGCACAUGGCCAUUCAUACCGGUGAAAAGAAAUUCAAAUGCGAUUUCUGCGACGCUACGUUUAUUCAAAAAUUUCACUUGAAAUCUCACAUGCGAGGUCAUACCGGUGAGAAACCGUACGCGUGUGAGUUUUGCGAUGAAAAAUAUACCAAUAAUACUUCGCUGAGAAAUCAUAUGCGAUACCACGAUGAAGUAAAACCGUACCUGUGUCGAUUUUGUAACGAAGGAUUUAGAUCGAAGAUAGCUCUGUAUGAUCAUAUCAAAGUGCAUACUACUUUAACCGGGUCUGAUUUGGAAAACUUGAUUAAUGAACAGAAGCUGAAUACUGCUGAGCCAGUUAACAUUGCCAAUACUGACCCAACUGCUAUUAAACAUCUGUUAACGAAGGUCGAAACAUUGGUCGACGCAUCGUUAGAAACUGUAAUGAACGUGGAUUAUGGAAUAGAAAAAGUCGACUCCAGAGUGAAAAACUUCUUGAAGAAGCAAAUAGAAAGAAAAGCCAAAGGAUUUCGUAAACUGAAAAGAUGUGCGGAAAAAUGCAUCGAAAAACCAGACCGUCCAAAAUCUCAAGCUCCCAAAGAACCCAAAAUAUACACCUGCAAUAUAUGCAACCAAGUCUUUCAACUGCGAAAAGAUCUUCUGAAACAUAAAUCAACUCAUUCCGAGCCGGAAAUUUACAAAUGCCCGAUUUGUUGCAAAGAUUUCAGUACUGCUCAUAGCUUGAAGCAACACAGCAAAACCCACAUCGUUGAGAAAAAAUUCAUUUGCGAUUAUUGCUCGAUGCCUUUCCGAACCAAAUGUUCACUACGUCGUCACAUCAUUCGACAUCUGGGUAUAACUCGAUAUAAAUGCAGAUUCUGUAAAAUGAAAAUAUUCCAAAAACAUCACCUAAUCGUUCACGAAAGAGGCCACACAGGCGAAAAACCAUUCAAAUGCGAUAUCUGCAAUACUUCUUUUAUUUCGAAAGGCAAUUUACAACACCAUUUGCGUAAUCAUUCCGAUAAGAAACCGUUUCCUUGUCAGUUUUGCGACGAAGCUUUCAAAACGAGAUGGACGUUGAAUGCUCAUAUUCGUAAAGAGCAUUCGUCCAUAAAGAAUGACGAUGUGCUGCGUUGUGUUCCUGAAAAAUUAAUCGUUACGCCUGAAUUUGACAACACCACUAACGCGGAUAACAAUAGCAGCAAACAAGACGCAUCAGCUGAUAAAAAAGAAGAAAUUAAGACUGAAACAGGACAUCGAGUAUCAAAAAGUGAAGAAAAACAUACUGAUGUGAUAGAUAAAGAAAAGAAUGAUUUUGUUAAUGAAGGCGAUAAUGACGACGAUGACGAUCAUCUCUAUGAGGUCACUCAGGAAGAGUUUUCUGAUGAUGAAAUUUCAGUCAAAGAAGAAACACAACCGAAGGAAGCUACUGAAUUUCAUGAACUUAGAACACGUAAAACGUAUUAUACAGAAAUCGAUUCGAGCAUCGAUUUAUUCGAUUCGGAAUACGACGAUGAAAAAGAAUACAAGAAAAAGAAUAAAAGAAAACAGACGAAACCCAGAUGUAUCAAAAAAUCAAAAGCCAACGCCGUUAAACAAAUUGAUAACAUUCACAGCGACGUCGAUUUAUCGUUAGAAAAUAAAGAGAACGAAAUUUACAAAUUGAAAGAUGCUGCGACUGAAGAAUCAGACGAUAAUCUAAUGAACACAGACGACGUUGAAGAUGUCCCGGUUGUUGAAAAAAGAAAAAAGCCCAGAAAACCGGCAAAAAAUCCGAAAAGCAAACGUCCUCCGAAAACAAAAUCGCCCCCAGUAUCAAAAACCGACCGGCCGUACAAAUGUAAAAUAUGCGACGCCACUUUCGCCAUCAAAAAAUGCUUAGUCAGCCAUCAAAUCACUCAUACCGAAGAGAAACUACACCUGUGUUCGUACUGUAGUGCUAGCUACAAGCACAGGCACAAUUUACUGAAACAUAUUCGAGUACGGCAUACGGACGAGAAACGUUACCUGUGUAAUUACUGCGGUGCUAAAUUCGCCUUGAGAGAUUCUCUAGAGCGACAUACUCACACUCAUACGAACGAGAGACCCUUCAUGUGCGAAUAUUGUAAAGCUACGUUUAGUCAAAAGUAUCACAUAAGGAUGCAUAUGCGAAAUCAUAUGGGCAAUAAUCCGUAUUUGUGUACUUUCUGUAACGCUACGUUCACCAAUCACACUUCACUUUCGUGUCAUCUACUUCAGCACACAGGUCAACGAUUCGAGUGCCCUGUUUGCCAUCUAGAGUUCAAGUCGAGACAAAGUCUCGGUCAACACAGACGUUUACAUUCACCGGUGCAAAAUAAACGAUUCCAGACGUUCGACAGAUCCUAUCGGUGUAACGUUUGCCAGCUAUCGUAUAAGUCGAGAAGUACUUUGAAAUCUCACCUAUUAGUUCAUACGGAUGAAAAACCUCAUCAGUGUUACAUUUGCGGUAUGCAGUUCAAGUACAGACGUAAUUUGAAAUGCCAUAUCUAUACUCAUACCGGUGAAAGGCCGUAUAAAUGUGAAAUCUGCGGCGCUGGGUUUCGUCAAAGAGUGAGUUUGAGAACACAUUCGUUAUGUCACACGAACGAACGACCCUUCAAAUGCGAAUUUUGCGAGGCUACGUUCAAAUGCAAAAAAUCUCUAAAUGAGCAUCAUCAUAUCCACGACGGUGCCAAUCAAUUCAAAUGCGAGCAAUGCGAUACUACUUUCAAGCUGAAACGAUAUUUGAGACAACACGUGUAUUAUUCUCAUAGCAAACCUCCGUCCGUUUGUACGGUUUGUAAAGCUGUAUUUAAAUACGAACGAUCUCUUAAACGCCAUAUGCAUAAACAUUCCGAUACCACCGUUGAUGUAAACAAUGCCAAUGUGGCGUAUAAUUUUUAAUAAUUUUCAGUAUUGUGAUAAGUUCCUGUAAUCUAUUUUACCUUAUAUGUGCGAUUUCGGUGCAUGUUUUGUGGAAAAUAGCUUGCAUUUACAAGUAUUAACGCGAGGAAUGGCAGUAAGCUAUAUUUCUCAUUUUUUGAUACUUGUAAUGUAAUAUAUAAUACAUAUAAUGUGUACUUUGUACUUACUAUUGAUCAAAUACUCGUUAUGAAUGUUUUAAUGAAAUUUGACGAUCUCAGUGAUUUAUUAUGAUCCUUUGAAAUUUAUUUACCUUGCAUCACUUAUUCAGCCAAUGCUUAUUUUUAAUUUUAGUACUUACUGACCAAUUUCAUAUUGAAUAUUAUCGAGUAUCGUGUAAUAAUAUCUCGUGAAUGAGGUCAAAAAUUCAAAAAUAAAAUGUAUUAAGAACCUACGGUUGUAAUUAGAGUACCUACGUAUUUGUAAUUUAGUUGUGUUUGUUUUUAUAUGCGUCACUAAGUAUCGUCCAACGUGAACGAUGACUGUAAAUAUACCUAAAAUUUCAUCUUUCA